AGGAAGUCUGGAAGAAACUGUCCUGUCCCCACCUCUCCUACACACACACACACACUCACUUUUUUUUUAAUGCUCGGUUUUAAGCAUUGUUCUCUAGAACAAGCCAAAAAUGCUCUUGACUUUGGUUAAAAUAUUAAUAUUUAAUCUCUAUGUAUUGAUACUUACAACACUACUUUCCAUUUUGCCUGUGUGAAGGAUUAAAAAAAUUUUUUUUUCAUUAAACUAUAGUAGGACAAGCAUGCAGGUAGUAAAUCAUUGUGGUUUUCUACUGAAGCAAGUACCAAAAUCAAUAAAUAUAAUUGAUAUAUAGGUUUAGGAAAGAAAAUGAUUUCUCUUAGUUUUAGAAUCAUGCAAAAACACCAUUUGUAGUCAUUUCAAAUAAAACAGUCUCAGAUUUUUGUGUGGUUUCUCUUAUAUAAAAGAUUCUACUAAGAUGUCUUAAACUAUCUUUGAGGUGUAAUUUGCUCUAGUUAGUGAUUAAUUUUGAGAAACUUAGGUUAGUCCUACUUAGAACCCAACCUCUUGGAUUUCAUUUGUCUCACUGGUGCUUUCUUUGUAAAAUCCUUAUAAAUUUCAGUAUACAUGACGGAUUUCUCCAGUGUGAGCCGGUGAGCUUACUCUGAGGUCUCUCCCUGAGGCCCCAUUGUCCUUGACUUUAACUCUCUCCUCCUGCUGGAGUCAUUGCGCUUUGCAGUUCUGCCUCAUCGUGUCUUGGCUGUCUCACCAACUGUAAUGUCAGUUCUUCAAAGGCAGGAACUGUUAGCUUUGUUUUUAAAUCUCCCUUUUGUUAAUAAGUGGAGACCAAACUAAUUCUUUGAACGUCAAGCAUCUGAGUGUUUCUGGGUAACAAAGAUAGCUCAUUAAAAAAAGCUUGUUGCAUUGAGUUAUUGUUAAGUUGGCCUGAAUUACAGAACAUUCCCAUUCUGCAAAUUUCCUAUCCUUUACAUUUCACCUGACAAGACUUUGUGUGUGUGUCUGUGCACAUGUUUGUAUACACUAACUUUUCACUUUGCUGAUGAGGAAAUGGAAAUAAAAAAGUGGCUUAACCAAUGUCAUAUAGCUUACUGUCUAUUCAGGGCAGAAUUCGAAUCCAGAUCUCCUGACCAAAUGCCUUCCCAGACCCAUUUACUUCUUUUCCAUUCAGUUCAACAAAUGGUUUGGGGAUUUUCUGGUAAAGCCCUGUGUUAGGCAGAACAGCUGACAGCAAAGUGUCAGAAUCUCCUAAGCCGUGCCCCACAUGUCUGUCUGCUGAGCCCAUGACUGUGUAGGAGGAAGGGAGCAAUAACAGGCUGUGAGUGCAGGCAUGGCCUGCCUUCCCACACUGCUCUUCGGAUCUUCCCUCCCACCCUUCCCUGACAGAGAACAUGAGGUUUUGGUGUGGGCUCUCAUUUCCAAAUUUUCCAUUCUUUAUGUAUUUAAUUAGACAGCAGUUCCUACUUUGAUUGAACUUGGACUAUGAGAUCUGAAAUUCUGCUCUCAAGCCUAUCGUCAUUAGAGAGAAAAAUUAACUUGUUGAACAAUACAUAUCAUUAAUUCUAGCAGAUUAGUGAACGUAGAUAAAUCUAACAUCAUUGCUAGUAAUCUUUCUAUGGGAGUAAAUAGCCAUAAUUAAGAUUUUUUUUUUUUUUAAUCCACCAGAGACAUCUACAGAAUUAGUUUCUUACUAGGGGAAGUUAUAUCUGAGACAUUGUGCGUUUUAUUUAAGUAUUUUUUUUCCCUUCUGUGUAAUUCUUCCCCCUUUUUUGGCUGGGUCUUAAUUGCUUCACGUGGGCUUUCUCUAGUUGAGUGAGCGGAGGGAUGCUCUUCGCUGCAGUUUGCAGGCUUCUCAUUGCAGUCAUUUUGUUGCUGAGCACGUCGAGGUGCCUGGGCUCCAGUCGCUACAGCCUGUGGGCUCCGCGGUUGCAGCCUGUGGGCCUCAGUCGUGUGGUGUGUGGGCUCGGGACGCAUGGGCUCCGGGAUGUGUGGGCCUCGGCCGUGUGGUGUGUGGGCUCGGGACGCACGGGCCUCGGGGUGUGUGGGCCUCAGUCGUGUGGUGUGUGGGCUCGGGACGCACGGGCUCCGGGAUGUGUGGGCCUCGGCCGUGUGGUGUGUGGGCUCAGGACGCACCGGCUCCGGGAUGUGUGGGCCUCGGCCGUGUGGUGUGUGGGCUCGGGACGCAGGGGCUCCGGGAUGUGUGGGCCUCGGUCGUGUGGUGUGUUGGCUCGGGACGCACGGGCUCCGGGAUGUGUGGGCCUCGGCCGUGUGGUGUGUGGGCUCGGGACGCACCGGCUCCGGGAUGUGUGGGCCUCGGCCGUGUGGUGUGUGGGCUCGGGACGCACCGGCUCCGGGAUGUGUGGGCCUCGGCCGUGUGGUGUGUGGGCUCGGGACGCAGGGGCUCCGGGAUGUGUGGGCCUCGGCCGUGUGGUGUGUGGGCUCGGGACGCACGGGCUCCGGGAUGUGUGGGCCUCGGCCGUGUGGUGUGUGGGCUCGGGACGCACGGGCCUCGGGGUGUGUGGGCCUCAGUCGUGUGGUGUGUUGGCUCGGGACGCACGGGCUCCGGGAUGUGUGGGCCUCGGCCGUGUGGUGUGUGGGCUCGGGACGCACGGGCUCCGGGAUGUGUGGGCCUCAGUCGUGUGGUGUGUGGGCUCGGGACGCACGGGCUCCGGGAUGUGUGGGCCUCGGCGGUGUGGUGUGUGGGCUCGGGACGCACGGGCUCCGGGAUGUGUGGGCCUCGGCGGUGUGGUGUGUGGGCUCGGGACGCACGGGCUCCGGGAUGUGUGGGCCUCAGUCGUGUGGUGUGUGGGCUCGGGACGCACGGGCUCCGGGAUGUGUGGGCCUCGGCGGUGUGGUGUGUGGGCUCGGGACGCACGGGCUUCGGGAUUGGCGCACACAAGCUUGGGCUCAGCGGUUGCAGCUCCCAGGCUGUGCUGCCCCACCGCAUUGGGAAUCUUCCCAGACCAGAAAACAAGCCUAUGUCCCCUGCAGUGGCAGGUGCAUUCUUGUCCACUGUGUCACCAGGGAAGCCCAAUUCUUCCCUUUUAAAGUGACACUGUGAAAUUGUUGUUAACGAUUUGUUCAUAUUUUCCACUCUGUCUUUAGAGAUUGUACAAUAGGCUGUACUUUGGGUAAUCCCUCACGUGGUAGUUGAAUUGGAGAGGCUUUCAUCUGGAAGGACCUUAAGAGUCCUGUCGUCUGGAGAAAAAUGCCUGUUAGGCACAUUAUUCUUUGGUAGAAUUUGCCUUUUUUUUUUUUUAUAAGAUUUAUUGAAGUAUAAUUGACAUAUAGUAAACUGCACAAGCUUAAAUUAUAACGAUUUAAUACUUUGACACACAUACAGCUGUGAAACUAUGGUCGUAGUCAGGAUAUCAACGUGUCCGUCACCCCCCACAUUUUGCUUCUGCUCCUUUGUGGCAUGUCUCCCCUCCUGUCCAUCCUCAGGUGACCAUGGAA